CAGAACCGGGCUGCGUCAGGCUGAGCCCGUCCACCGCGCGGCCGCAAGAGCGCAGCGCCGGCGCCGCGCAGCCCAGCCCCGCCGAGAGGGGCGCACUCGCCGCCGCAGCCGCCGCCGCCGCCGGGCCCGCCGCCGCUCACCGCAGCCCCCUCCCGGCGACCCGCAAGUUCCACCUCCCUGCAGAGUAUUAUUACUAACUGAAUUUGGGAAGGGACGCUGGCAAGGCCCACUACGUUGACUUCAACUUCCUCUUCUGAAGGUUUUCUUAAACUGUGAGUAACUAAGUGGUUUGUGCAUCAUUGUGGUAGCAAAGCUAAAGUUCCUGACGGUCUUGUCUGCUUGACCUACUCAUUCCCUACUUUGAAACCAAGAGAAGACUGUGCCACAAGACUCCUCCAGAAAUUGCUGCAAUGUCUGUAACUAAUUUGUCAUGGUUGAAGAAAAAGUCCCAGUCGGUGGAUAUUACUGCUCCAGGGUUCAACCCUUUGGCUGGUGCAGGAAAGCAAAUGCCACAAGCCAGUAAACCCCCGGCACCCAAGACACCCAUCAUUGAAGAAGAACAGAACAACACAGCAAAUUCCCAGAAACAUCCUUCCCGAAGAAGUGAGCUGAAGAGGUUCUACACCAUUGAUACUGGCCAAAAGAAGACCCUAGACAAAAAAGAUGGGAGAAGAAUGUCUUUUCAGAAACCCAAAGGGACUAUUGAAUAUACUGUUGAAUCAAGGGAUUCUUUGAAUAGUAUAGCCCUGAAAUUCGAUACAACGCCCAACGAACUUGUUCAGUUAAAUAAAUUAUUCUCCCGAGCAGUUGUUACUGGACAGGUUUUAUAUGUUCCUGAUCCUGAAUAUGUCUCCAGUGUUGAGAGCUCUCCAUCUCUAAGCCCCAUAAGUCCUCUGUCACCAACAUCAUCCGAGGCAGAAUUUGAGAAGACCACUACUCCUGAUGUAGUCCACCCAAAAGAAGCAACUCCCUCAUCUGCUUUUACUGCUAUUCGACCUGCACGAGUUGUGUCUUCAACUUCUGAGGAGGAAGAAGCAUUCACUGAGAAAUUUCUUAAAAUUAAUUGCAGAUAUAUUACCAGUGGCAAGGGCACAGUCAGUGGUGUAUUGCUAGUUACACCAAAUAAUAUAAUGUUUGACCCACAUAAAACUGACCCAUUGGUUCAAGAGAAUGGCUGUGAGGAAUAUGGCAUCAUGUGUCCAAUGGAAGAGGUGAUGUCAGCGGCAAUGUACAAAGAAAUUUUGGAUAGCAAAAUAAAGGAAUCCUUACCCAUAGAGAUAGAUCAGUUAUCAGGAAGGGACUUCUGCCAUUUAAAGAAAGUGACAAGAAGUAAUACUGAUGAAGUAGACUCAAGAAUCCGUGAUGCGGGUAAUGACAGUGCCAGCACUGCUCCUAGGAGCACUGAGGAGUCUCUUUCUGAAGAUGUGUUCACAGAAUCAGAACUGUCUCCUAUUCGGGAGGAGCUUAUUUCUUCAGAUGAGCUGCGACACGAUAAAUCAUCUGGUGCGUCAUCAGAAUCUGUGCAGACCGUCACUCAGAGUGGAGUAGAGUGUUUGACGGUCAUCUCAGAAGCUGCUAGUACUCCCGAUCACUUAAAAUCUGGUUCUGGACACACUGCCAAUGAAGUUGGGACUCUUUCUCUUAAAACUGGUUUAAAUCUUGAAAUGGCCACUAAGGAAGGAGAUCAGGCUACAGAUAAUCUUCAAAAAAUAUCAGGUCUUAAUGAACAAAGCACAGGUAUAAAAAAAGGUAACCAGGAUUUUCCUCUUAAUGAGAAUUCACUACAUCAAGAAGAAGUUGAAAAAGAAAGUAUGCCUUGUGGGGAAGCAAUAGAAUUUAAACAAAAGCAAGUUGUCAACAAAGGAAAACAAGGAAGGGAACAAAAUCAGGACUCAGAGACUGAGGUAGAAGAGCUACGGAAACUCUGGAAAUCCCAUUCCAUGCAACAAACUAAACAGCAAAGGGAGAAUAUUCAACAGGUGUCACAAAAAGAAAUUAAGCAUAAAAUAGCAACAGCCGAUAUAGAAGGUUCUGCACUUUUAAAAGAAAAGAGAAGGCAUCGAUUGCAUAAGUUCUUAUGUCUCAGAGUCGGAAAACCUAUGAGGAAAACAUUUGUAUCUCAAGCAAGUGCAACAAUGCAACAGUAUGCACAGAGAGAUAAGAAACAUGAAUAUUGGUUUGCUGUGCCACAAGAAAGGACAGACCACUUGUAUGCCUUCUUCAUUCAGUGGAGUCCAGAAACAUAUGCAGAAGAUACUGGUGAAUAUACCAAAGAACCUGGAUUUAUAGUAGUAAAAAAGAUUGAAGAAUCUGAAACAAAUGAGGAUUCUACUAGUGAAGCAGCAGCUAGAGAAUGGGAGAUAAAGAAGGAGGAAAACCUAGUUCCAUCCAAUUCCCCAGAGGUUGAGAUCAUAACCACUUUGGGUUUCUUUGUAGUGUCAGUGGCUGAGUAUCACCGCAGGAUCGAUGCUCUAAAUACUGAAGAACUGCGCACACUCUGCAGACGUCUCCAGAUUACUACGAGGGAAGACAUAAAUUCAAAGCAGAUUACUCCAGUGAAAGCAGACCUGGAAUCUGAAUCUUUUCGACCAAACCUAAGUGAUCCCAGUGACCUCUUACUGCCAGAUCAAAUUGAAAAGCUUACCAAGCAUCUUCCACCGAGAACAAUUGGCUAUCCAUGGACUCUUGUUUAUGGUACUGGGAAGCAUGGCACAAGCUUGAAGACCCUUUAUCGAACAAUGACAGGUUUAGACACUCCAGUGCUGAUGGUGAUUAAAGACAGUGAUGGGCAGGUUUUCGGUGCAUUAGCAUCUGAGCCAUUUAAAGUGAGUGAUGGCUUUUAUGGUACUGGAGAGACCUUUGUUUUUACAUUCUGUCCAGACUUUGAGGUCUUUAAGUGGACAGGAGAUAAUAUGUUUUUUAUCAAAGGAGACAUGGAUUCACUAGCUUUUGGUGGUGGAGGGGGAGAAUUUGCCCUAUGGCUUGAUGGAGAUCUCUACCAUGGAAGAAGCCAUUCUUGUAAAACAUUUGGGAAUCAUACACUUUCUAAGAAGGAAGAUUUCUUUAUCCAAGACAUUGAAAUCUGGGCUUUUGAAUGAAUAUAAUGCUCUCUGUCUUAGCAGGAUAAUGGCCCAAACCUGACAUGGACAAACAAGCAUUGUUUGGAAAGUUCAAGAAGCAAUACAAUGUAACAUGUAGCUUGUGUUUUAAAAUUAGUUUGUAUCACCAUUUAUUAUAGCUAUAAUUUUGGAAUUUAUUUUUAAAAUCAUGUUUCUGUCCCGGACGUUUUUAGGUUUAUAUCAUGGCAUGGGUCCAUGGAACUUAACAGCUUCGGUUUUGUCAAAAUUUUGGUAGCAUUUUAAUCAUAGUGACCACCUCAUCUAUAAUCCAUGUUUUCUCAGUCUCCUAAUAGGAUGGUGCUCUUUUGUUGAACCUAUUUUGGUUUAUUAUUUUUUAAACCAUAUUGAUUGUUUUACUAUAGUAGUCUAACUUGAGAUAUCGAGGGAAUGAAUACAUGAUACUGCCAUUAUCUGUGAGGUUGGCACAAAUGACUAUUGGACAUGCUGAACCUAGUUUCUUUUAGAAAGGAAAAAACACAUGCCAAAACAACAUGUACUUCAUAGAUCACUGAGUUCUAGUUUUAAUUCACACUACUGCAUUCUCUUUAUUAAUUUUGCCUGUAUUCUCAAUUUCAUUUUAAUAAAAAUGAAAUUUGAGGAGAAUUCUGGUUGUAAUAGACCACAAUGCACAUGGUCUUCAGGUUUGGGCAUAUGCUUUCAUCAUUGAAUUGUCUGAUGAAGAGUUAUAAAAUGACAAAGGAGAAUGAGAACUUGAUGAUUCUACUGGAUUUAAUAUAUCAAGCAAGAAAAUAUCUAUUUACAUAUUUGUAGCUUAGCAGGGCAUUAUCAUAACUAAAAAACUAUGAAACAGAUGCAUAUUUCGUCAACAUAUUGUGUCAGGUAAACUGUUUUAUAGUUCUGUUGUUUUAGCCUUGUUGCACACCAACUCCCAAAAUAUAGCUUCCUAUUCAAAAGGGGAAAAAAAAAACGUGAUUUUUUUUUGAGUGGUAUGUGUUAUUACCAUUAGCAUUUGCUGUUACAAAAGGGCAAUGAUUAUAGUAGAAUAUUGUAACUCAGUAGACUUGUUGAAUAUGCAGACUUACUGUCAAGUGACCUCAAAAAAAAAAAGAAAAGAUAGAAUAUAUCAGUAGUUCUUAUCCUCUUUUGUAGGAAACCAAUAAUAAGCCAUUAUGGCAAUAAUUCAUCAGUUAAUUUCAAAGCUUCAUGUUAUGCAAAAAAAAAAAAAUCCUGCUGUUAUACAUGUGACAGUGACCUUGUGCUGAAAUUUCAGCUAUUCCAGAUAAACAUUGUAUAUUAUCUUGUAAAUUAAUGUUUAAAGGUAGUUUUGUUCUUAUAGAAAGUGUUGAUUGCCAGGUUGCUUAUAGCACUUUAAAUUAUUCUAAAAAUGAAAUUAUAAGCCAAAUAUGUUGGCUUAAGUAGUUUUAGUUGUAUAGUACUUGAAUAUAUUUAGAUCUUUUGAAAAUUUAGAUAAUAUCUAAAGAAAGCAUAAUGCUAAUGAAAAAGAAAAUCUGAUACUCUAUUUAAUAUGCUAUUGCUGAAUAUGAAUAGAAAUGCAGGGCAUCGUUUCUUUGUCUAUGUAAAGCUCUCAUUAAAAGUUACUAACAGUGUAUAGAUUAAAUGUUUACAAUAUAGGGAACUGUAAAUAAAUAUAUCAGGUUUCCCCCCUUUGGUCUUCCACAGCAGUAUUAUUGUCUUUGUGGAGUUGACUAAUCAUAAAAAAAUCCUGUAUUGGAUUUCAGUUACAAUAAGGUCAUAGUGGUAUAUAGCAAAUAAAAUUAAAUACAUAAAUAUAAA